CACAACAGACACAGAGAGGCUCAAAUCCGGAGUUUGUGCAACAGAAAAACAUGGAUUUAACAGAGCUCUUUUUCAUCUCGCUUGGCACAGCAGUUUUUCUCUACUAUGGAAUAAGACUGUUGCUUUUUAGUAGGAUGUUUUUUCCUAAACUGUGGUUUCCACUGUCAGAAACCUUUUUCACCUCUAUGGGAGAGUGGGCAGGGAGUGGAAAUCAAAGAACACCGAGUAUAAAGAAAGUGGUGACUGGUGGUUCAGAGGGCAUAGGAAGAGCUUAUGCUUUUGCACUGGCUGAGCGAGGAAUGAAUGUCAUUAUCAUGAGUCGAACCAAAGCAACACUGGAUCAGGUAGCCAUGGAAAUAGGUGAAACUACAGGGAAAAAGGUGAAAGUGAUAGUGACAGACUUCACUGAUGAAAAUGUCUUCAGUGAAAUUGAGGAGCAGCUUAAGGACCUCAAUAUUGGAGUUUUAGUUAAUAAUGUAGGCAUGCUGCCCAGCUUCAUCCCGUGUGAAUUCCUUGAGUCUGAGGAGCUGGACAAGACAAUAACCAAGACAAUAAACUGCAAUGUGAAAACCACGGUCAAGAUGUGCAAAAUGAUCCUCCCAGGCAUGGAGAACAGGAGAAAAGGGAUGAUUUUGAAUGUUUCUUCUGGAAUUGCUUCUAUUCCAUUUCCCCUCUACACCCUUUAUGCUGCAUCAAAAGUGUUUGUGGAGAGAUUUUCUCAAGGUCUACAAGCAGAAUAUGACGAUACAGGUAUUCUUAUACAGGCAGUAGCUCCAUUUGGGGUCUCCACUCGAAUGGCAGGUUACCAAAAAACCAACGCUGUGACAUUGUCACCGGAAGAUUUUGUAAAAAACUCCCUGCAGUAUCUCCGAGCCGGAGGCAAGACAUAUGGCAGUGUCUGUCACAUAGUUCUGGGCUGGCUACUGCAGUCUAUCCCCCUUAAGGUUCUCUAUGCAGAGUCUGUGCUGCACGGCCUACAAGAGUAUGUGAAGAAAAAAACUAGACAGAAGAACUUAGUCUUUGCAUCAAGAGUGACUACUCAAACUGGCACAAACAAAUAGGAAAUAGAUUUAGAAAACAGGAAAGUGAAGAUAUUUGGUGCACUGUGAAUAAAGUCAUAAUCAUGGAAUGAAUCAUUAUUAUUUAUGAGUGUAUGUAUGAUCAUUGUGGGAUCAUGGUGUAUUAAACAUUGUGGUUAAUAGCCCUCAGGAAAGCUAUCUUAUUAUUAUUUUUUCUUCAAUUUAUUGUUAUUUAGGGGCACUGAUGGUUUUGUUUGUAUUUGUUCUUUUAUGAAAAUAAUGAUUCUUUAUUUACUCUUUAAUCUGUUUCACUACUAAAGAUACUACAUUAACUAAAAUUAAGGUGAAUCAUUGUCCUAGUUUUCAUAUUUAGAAGUUUUGUAUCACUCCUUUAAUACAAUGCAUGUUAAGUAAGUAUGUAGAAAUAUAACUUCUACCUUGGUGAUAUUUUUUUUUUCUUAGAAGCAAAUAUCUCUGAGACAAACCAUAUACCAUAUGUCAUAUUUUUUUGUUGAUUCUUCAUUCAUCAACAUCACAGGUAAAUUAAAAGUUAAAACUCAAGUACUUACAACCAUAACUAUACUAAACCAUACAAGCAUUUCUGAGUGCAUUUUAAAUAUAUUAAAUUCAAUAAAUACUGAAUAUUUUUACAAUAUGUGAAGAUAACCUAUUUGUGUACUUAACAGGACUCAGCCUGGUUCACUAUGCACUAAAAGGCACCAAUGCUCCUAAGUGUGUCAUUGGAUACCCAUAAUAAAAAAUCUUAUAGAAGUGCAUGGAUGAUAAUAAAUCUGGUGCCACAUCUUCUAAACAGAAUAACCAUCCUGCAACCCAAACAUACAAUAUAUAUAUUUUUUUUGUAAAAUGCAUGCACAAAUACACAUAAGUAUCCUCUCCCAUCUCAGACAGAGAGAACAUUUGAUCACACUGUCAGUCACCGGUCUGAUCCACAGAAGCCAUUGCAAGACAUUACACUGCUGAUGACCUUCUGCCUGGUUACUGAUGAAAAGCCAGAGAAUAACUAUUACUUGAAUAAGAAUGUUUUUUAUUUAUCCUACAAUAUUCACUGAGAUACUGUUAAAAUUCAACAGCUACUAAAACAACCUCAAACUAAAAAUUAUAUGACCAAAAGAAGUCAGAAGUUCGUCAUCCAAACACAAACUAUGAUUAUAAUAAAAGUGUAACAAGUUGUGUUACAGAUAUUUUUUUUUUUUUUUUUUUUUUUUUUUUGCCUUGUCCUAGGUUAUUAAAUUGUCAAAUAAUGCAGUUUUAAAUUAUUUUAUUUGAGGCAUUUGAUUUUUAUUGAAUGAAGAGGA